AUGGGUUCAAAGGAUAAAAACCGAAAAGAGGGAGAAAAGGCUGUUGGGGAUGAGGAUGAAGGUAAAAAAAAGAAGAAAGACAAGAAGAAGAAAAGUUCUGUAAGGGGAGAAAGUGAUGAAGACACCAAGAAGUCAAAAGGCAAGAAAAAGAAGAUUGAAAAUUACGUUGAAAUAUAUGAGAAUGAGCUGCGCAACUACCAGCCAGAAAAGACGGAGAACUACGAGGAUGAGUACCACAAAAAGAAAGUGUAUGAGGUGGUCACCAUCACUGGGGAUGAGAGAGGAGCAGGUACUGAUGCAAAUGUAUUUGUCACUCUUUUUGGAGAAUAUGGCAUCACACCCAAAGUCCACCUAGCCAGCAAGAUUGAGCAUGACAACACUGGCAUGAGCUCCAGCUGGUUCCUGGACAGAGUGGUUGUGACAGAUGUGAUUCGGCCUCACUUGAGGUUCUAUUUUCCUUGUAACAACUGGCUCAGUAAAGUGGAGGGGGAUGGUCUCUAUGUCAGAGACCUGCUGGGAAGCAUGGACCCCAUGGACAUGCCCAAGUAUAAUAAAUACAUAGUGAGUGUUUUCACUGCGGACAUAAAAGGCAGUGGGACUGAUGCAGAUGUAUUCAUCAAUAUAUUUGGGGAGUUUGGAGAUACAGGGGAGAGACGACUUGACAAUGAUAAAGAUAACUUUGAAAAAGGCACUGAAGACAAAUUCACAAUUGAGGCACCAAACCUGAGCAAAAUCAGGAAGAUAACCAUUGGCCAUAACAACAAAGGCUCCUCAGCAGGAUGGUUUGUGGAUAAGGUGGUUGUGGAUGAUCUUGGAAACAAAACAGUGUAUGAAUUUCCCAUCAAUCGUUGGUUCGCCAUUGAUGAGGACGAUGGGAAGAUCCAGAGGGACAUUUUAGUUGGAGGAAGCCAGCCCACAGGCAUUGUCUACAAUGUCCAGAUUGUGACAGGGAAUGUCAGAGGUGCAGGAACAAACUCCAAAAUACACAUGGUCAUGCAUGGCUCAAAAGGCUUGAAGAACAGUGGCAAGGUAUUUUUGGAGGGAGGGAAAUUCGAGCGAGGCUUGACUGACAUCUUUAACGUUGAGAUCGCUGCUCUCCUCAGCCCUAUCAGUAGAGUGACCAUUGGGCAUGACAAUGGAGGAGUCAGCGCAGGGUGGUACUGCGAAAAGGUUGUUGUGUACUGUCCGUUUACAGGGAUAGAGCAGACUUUCCCAUGCAGCAAAUGGUUUGAUGAGAAGGAGGGAGAUGGACUGAUUGAAAGAGAGCUUUAUGAGAUGGUCUCGCUCAGACAGAGGAGACAGAAGAAACUGCCCAAUGCAGGAACAGAUGCUGACAUCUCCUUCCAGGUGUACGGUGAAAAGGGCAAGUCAGAUGAGAAGGGGCUGGACAACAAAACUGACAAUUUUGAACAGGGACAGGUAGACAGGUUUAUGGUUGAGCUGCCUGAUUUGGGAAAACUGACCAAACUCCGGAUCUGGCAUGAGAAGAGAAACCCUUUUGCAGGAUGGCAUCUUGGCAAGGUAACUAUAAUGAAGACUUUAACUAAGGAGAAAUACACAUUUCCAUGUCAGCGGUGGCUGGACAUCAACGAAGACGAUAAUGAAGUUGUGAGGGAGCUUUCGGCCAGUGGAGAUCUGAUUGGAGAACCGUUACCCUUGAUAAAAUAUAGAGUGACGGUCUGUACAGGAACUGUUGGCGGUAGUGGUACAGAUGCCUCGGUCUUUCUGAGUCUAAUUGGAGACCAGGGAGACACAGGAGAGCGGCAGCUGGUCAACUGCAAAAACAACGUCAACAAGUUUGAGAAAGGAAAUCUGGAUGAGUUCAUAAUCGAAGCAGUGACCCUUGGGCAGGUCCGCAGAGUGAGGAUUGGACACGAUGGCAAAGGCGGAGGCUGUGGCUGGUUUCUUGAUAAAGUGAUUGUAAGAGAGGAAGGACAGGCGGAGUCUUAUGCUGUAGAAUUCCCCUGUAACAGGUGGUUGGACCGCAAUGAGGAUGACGGACAGAUUGUCAGAGAAUUAGUGCCGUUCUCAGAUGGACAGCGUCUUUACAAUGUCAACUAUUAUAUCGCGGUGAAGACAGGCGACAUUCCCGGAGGCAGCUCAGACUCCAAUGUGUUUGUCAAGCUCUAUGGAGAGAAAGGCGACACCAGUAAGAUGAUGCUGGUGGUCUCUGCCAAUAACCUGGGAAACUACUUUGAGACAGGCCGCGUCGACAUCUUCACUGUGGAAACGUUUGAUAUUGGACAGAUCAGCCGCCUCCUGAUCGGUCACACCAACGAAGGCAUGCGUGCCGGCUGGUUUCUGGAUAGUGUUCAGAUUACGGUUCCAGUCCAUGGAAAGAAUUACAUGUUCCCCAGUCACCGCUGGCUGUGCAAGGAUGAAGCUGAUGGGAAAACAGAGGUGGAGAUUUACCCAAGUGAAAUCCUGGACACGGAACAGAUGAUUAACUAUGAGAUAACAGUAGUAACUGGAGAUGUGACCUUUGCUGGCACCAAUGCCCAAGUCUUCAUCCAGAUCUACGGGGAUAAAGGAAAGACAGAGGUUAUCAUCCUUGAAAGUAGAUCCAACAACUUUGAGCGUAACACGACCGAAAUAUUUAAGACAGAAGCUAAAGACGUGGGGAAGAUCUUCAAGAUACGCAUGGGACACGAUGGCUCUGGGAUCGGGCCCGGCUGGUUCCUGGAAACAGUGGACGUCAAACAUCUCAUCAUGGCUUUGGUUCCCAAAGAAAAGAAAAAGGAUGACAAGAAAAAGAAGAAGAAAAAGAAAAAAGACGAGGAGGAGGAGGAUGAAGAAGGAGGUGAGGAGAUGAGAGAAGUGGUCCUGACUUAUCAUUUCCCCUGUUCGCGCUGGCUGGCUGAGGGAGAGGAAGAUGGCGAGCUGGUGGUGGAGCUGCUGCCUGAGACUGAAGAAGACCUCGAAGUCAACACCUAUGAAGUGUGUGUCUUCACUGGUGACAUGGUGGGAGCAGGGACAGAUGCCAAUGUCUUCAUAAAUAUUUAUGGGGAAAACGGAGAUACCGGGGAGCGCUACCUAAAGAAUUCUGACAACCUCAACAAGUUUGAGAGAGGGCAGGAAGACGUUUUCAUUGUUACGGCUAUUGAUUUGGGCGCUUUGAAGAAGCUGCGAAUCCGUCAUGACAACACACACUCUUACUCAUCCUGGUACCUGGAUCGGGUCGAGAUAGUGGACACGAAGGAUGAUACUACAUACUAUUUCCCUUGUAAUCGCUGGCUUGCAGUGGAUGAAGAUGAUGGCCAGAUAGCAAGAGAGUUGGUUCCUGUAGAUGAGGCCUUCAUGAGGCAGGAUGAGGAUGAAGAGGGGACAAGCGCUACUCUGGGACUCGAACAGAAAUCCAUGUCGACAACAUAUACUAUAAGGAUAAAAACUGGAGACAAGAAGUAUGCUGGAACUGAUGCUAAUGUCUUUGCCAUCCUCUUUGGAGAAAACGAUGACACAGGGACUGUCAACCUAAAGGCUUGCAAAAACUACAAAAACAAGUUUGAAUGUGGGAUGAUCAAUGAGUUUACGGUGGAGGCCGUGGACUUGGGUGACCUGGAAAAGCUGCGAAUUGGACAUGACAACUCAGGAAGUUCAGCUGGUUGGUUUUUGGACUGGGUUGAGAUUAACGCGCCUUCUCAGGGUCAAAGACUGCGUUUCCCAUGUGGCCGUUGGUUGGAUAACGAUGAGGAUGAUGGAGCGAUCGUGAGAGAUCUUUACCCCGCAGAGUUACAAACUGAAUUCUAUACUCCAUUUGUGCCUUAUGAGAUUAAAAUAUUCACCAGUGAUGUGUUUGCUGCGGGAACAGAUGCAGAUGUUUUCAUAGUGUUAUAUGGCCAAAAGGGGAUGUGCACACAACAGAAACACCUGUGUGUAAACAAGAGAGAGCGAAGGCUGUACUUUGAGAGAGCAGCCGAGGACAUGUUUAUUGUGGAGCUGGAAGAUAUCGGUGACAUUCUAGAGAAAAUCAGGAUUGGACACGACAACAGGGGCACAAACCCAGGAUGGCACCUUGACAGAGUGGAGAUCAGGCGACAGCUCAGAAAAGGAAAGGGCUCGGAGACAACCAUUUUCCUGUGUGAGUGCUGGCUGGCCAAGUCUGAAGAUGAUGGAGAGACGGUGAGGGAGCUCGUGCCAUCAAGCAUCAUCACACAAAAACUCCUCAGGGAUGGGACACUGAAGACAACUGAAAUUGAUGUGGAGGACGCACUGGAGACUCACAUGUACAAGGUGUCCGUGCGGACAGGUGAUAUGUACAAAGCUGGGACCGAUUCCAAUGUUUUUCUCACCGUUUACGGGGACCUGGGUGACACAGGAGAGCGCAAACUCGCCAAAUCAGAGAACAAUCGGAACAAAUUUGAGAGAGGAGAAGUGGACAAGUUCACCAUCGAGGCCAUCGACCUGGGACAAAUAUUUAAGAUUCGCAUUCGCCAUGACAAUUCCAACACGGGAGCUGAUUGGUACCUGGACCAGGUAGAGGUGCUUGAUCUUGAAACAGAAGAAGUUUACAUGUUCCUGUGCGAGCGAUGGCUGUCCACGACGAAAGAGGACAAGCAAAUAGACAGGACCUUUUAUGUCAAGGGAUAUGAGGGAGAAAGGAACACUGACCCAUAUUUCAAAAAGAUGGCUCAGGGCAAAGCAGGGCUGGACCGAAAUGCCAAUAAGAAGAAAAAGAAGAAAAAGGUGGCAAUGGUGGAAGACGGUCCAAUCAUCCCUUAUCACUUCACCCUGUCCACGGGGAUUGACCAAGAUGCCAGCACUACAGCCAGGGUUUAUGUCAUCAUCAUUGGUCCUAACAAUGUCGAGACAGACCGACUCUGGCUGGAUCUGCCAGAGGGGAAAAAAUCCUUCACAUCUGGCACCAUGGAGCACUUUGUGUGCUAUGGAUCAGACGUGGGAGAGAUCAAGAGGGUGGAACUUGGACAUAACGGUGUCACGCCGGAGAGCUGCUGGUUGGUGGAUGAGCUGUCGGUUGCCGUGCCAACAAAAGGUAUCAAGUACAUCUUUCCGUGUAAGUGUUGGCUCGCUAAAGACAGAGGUGAUGGUCUGACUGCCAGACUGUUCAAUGUGCUGGACUCCAGCUCCAUCAACAUCAUCCGAAAAGUUAUUUAUUCAGCCACAGUUGUCACGGGAGACACUCAAUUUGGAGGGACGGAUACCAACAUUUUCCUGACUGUGUAUGGAGCCAAUGGAAGCACAGAGGAAAUGCUACUACCCAAAAAUGGUGAUAGGUUUGAAAGGGACCAAGAAGACACAUUCUCGCUGGAGAUAGAUGACAUUGCUCCCCUGAAGAAGAUCAGAGUUCGGAUCGAUGGCAGCGGAAGCCGUCCCGACUGGUUUCUUGAUAGGAUCCUCAUGCGGAACCUGACUACAGAGGAAGAGUAUCUCUUCACGUAUGAGAACUGGCUGUCUAAGACCAAAGGGCCAAAGAGGACAAAGGUGUGUGAGCUUCCGGCUGUGGUAGAUGAGGAGGAGAUGGUUGAAAAAACGACAUACAUCAUCCAAGUCCAGACAAGCGAUGUCGGAGCUGCUGGCACCGAUGCCAAUGUUUUCUUGAUCGUCUUUGGAGAAUAUGGGGACACGGGGAUGCUGCCUCUGAAGGAGAGCACCAACAGGAACAAGUUUGAACGAAAAAUGAAGGACGUGUUCAGAUUUCCUGACAUGCUGAGUCUGGGCGAACUGUCUAAAGUGAGAGUGUGGCAUGACAACAAAGGCCCUGCCCCUGGCUGGCACCUGGAGUACAUUGAUGUGAAAGAUGAGGCCAUGGACCAGAUAUUCAGGUUCCCCUGUGAUCGCUGGUUGGCUAAAAAUGAAGACGAUGGGCAGAUCAUGAGGGAGCUGGCGUGUGCCAACAAUGACUCUAUAGACCUCAGCGACAAAACCAAAUACGAAAUUGCCACAACAACUGCAAGUACAGACAAGGCUUCCACCUCGGAAAACGCCUGGAUUGUGUUGGAGGGGAGGAAAGCUCGAUCUAAAGAGUUUGUUCUAGAGAAUAAGAAAAAGAAGUUCUUAAGCGGUGCCACUGACACGUUUGAGUUCUCCUCCAAGCACCUGGGGGACAUUGUUGGCAUCUGCCUCGGCCAUAUCACAAAAGAUGGAAAGAAGGUGAAGAACGAAGUCUUCUGGCAUGUUAUGGAGGUGGUGGUGACGGAAAAAGAGUUGGGAAACAAGUAUUUUUUCCUCUGUGACGCACAAAUCCCCCUGGCAGCCAAAAAGGACCAAUUCCUGACGUUUGAGUGCUAUAAAUCAAUAGAGAGCUUUGCGAGCAAAGUCCGCAACCUGGUCCCCGUCAAGUACGAGAUCAUCGUCAUAACUGGGGACGUGAAAGGGGCCGGAACAGACGCCAACGUUUUCAUCAGCAUCUACGGUGUGAACGGUGACUCGGGCAGACGUCCUCUGCAGCAGAAGUUCCGCAACCUUUUUGAGCGGGGCCGAACCGACCGCUUCGUCCUGGAGAUGCUGGACCUCGGGGAGCUGCUGAGGGUGAAAGUGGAACACGAUGGCAGCAGCUCAAACUGCGGGUGGUAUUUACAGUGUGUCGAGGUGACCAACACAGCCAACUCUGUCACAACCAUCUUUCCUUGCGGGAACUGGCUCGAUGCUCAUAAAGCAGAUGGGCAGAUUCAGAGAGUGCUGUACCCCAGAUAUUAGGAGGAGGAUUUCUUAAGGAAAGUGUGGGUGAGAACUUGAUUAAACCCCUUGUGCUCUGCUCUAUUUUUUACAUCAUGGUAGAUGAGUGAAAAACCCACAACUGAAUGUGACUUCACAUUAAAUUUUAAAGGAUAAAACCCAUCGUACUCUCUUGAGUUGGUGCCAAGUGCUAAGGCCUCCCGUUUCUAGAAAAAGCCAUUUGCUACCAUCUUUGCCUGUAUAUGAUGAUAUGUGGAAAUUGACCUGAAUAUUUCACAAAACAGGAAAAACAACACAAUAAAC